GUAAUGAUAGCGGGCCCCGAAGGUACACCCUACGCCGGGGGUCUUUUUGAGUUUGACUGCUUCACGCCUCUGGACUAUCCAAAUUCCCCGCCGCUCUUUCACCUCAGAACCACUGGAGGGGGUACUGUUCGUUUCAAUCCAAACUUGUACAACUGUGGAAAGGUCUGUCUUUCUCUCCUUGAGGAACAGUGGUCACCUAAAUCUACACUUCUCCAGGUUCUUGUCAGCAUUCAAAGUAUGAUA